GCCUCCCCGCCGUUAUUUCUCCGGACCACGGAUUUUCUGUCUCAGCGCCACUACAUCUAAAGGCAUGUGCGCGCAUCCCGCGAAGGGAUCUGCGCUUUGCUAUUACCGUUCGGUAGAAAGGGGGGGCUAGAAAAAGUGAGGGGAUGGUAAAGGGAAAAUCAGGAAGAGGAGGAAACAAGUUCCGCACACCCAGAGGCUUUUCCGAAGCAGGGUUGCGGGUUUGUGGGUUCCUUUUUUUUUGUUACUUGUGUUUUUUAGUUUUACUGUUUUCGCAUAUGGCAUAUUCCGGCGGUGAGAGGAAGGAAUUAGGAAUACCUAUGGAUGGAGACUUUUUUUUACCUAGGAAGGGAAAGAGAACACACACAAUGGCUUGUUUGGGAAAGAGGAGAAGUAACCGGGCCAGUGAGGAAGAUGGGAAAUUCUGGAGCGAGUCACAUAAUGCGGAUGACCCGGGCUUUCGGGUGUCGCUGACGCGAUUGGACAACAAUGGAAACUAUUUCGGUCGCACGAAAAUUCCCGGGUCGAAAGCUUAUUGGCUGACGCUUGUUUUUUGUACUGGUGGUGGGCUACGCGCGAUGGAUAUGGUUGCGGUUGGGAGGACGAGGAGAAGAAGAUGGAGUACAGGACCUCGUAAUGAGGAUUAUGGAAUACCUAGCUCGAUGGAGGAUGAAAUGAAACAAAAUCACCAAAAAUAACUUCACUAUCCGUGCUUCUCUAAUAACUCGUAUGAAGUUGUGAAAUGUCUUUGAAAGCCCAACUUACCCUAAC